UAGAGAUGGUAUUUUAUCGUAUAUGAGAAAUCGGCCCAGAGAUGGAGAACUUCAUUCUGUACGAGGAGAUUGGCAGAGGAAGCAGGACUGUUGUCUAUAAAGGAAGGCGAAAGGGAACAAUCAAUUUUGUAGCUAUUCUUUGUACUGAUAAGUGCAAAAGGCCGGAAAUUACCAAUUGGGUCCGCCUCACCCAUGAAAUCAAACACAAGAAUAUUGUGACCUUUCACGAGUGGUAUGAAACCAGCAAUCAUCUCUGGCUAGUAGUGGAACUCUGCACAGGUGGUUCCUUAGAAACAGUUAUUAUUCAAGAUGAAAACCUCCCAGAAGAUGUCGUGAGAGAAUUUGGAAUUGACCUGAUUACUGGAUUACAUCAUCUUCAUAAGCUUGGCAUUCUCUUUUGUGACAUUUCACCUGGGAAGAUACUCUUAGAAGGUCCUGGCACAUUAAAAUUUAGCAAUUUCUGCUUGGCCAAAGUAGAAGGUGAAAAUUUGGAAGAGUUCUUUGCUUUGGUGGCGGCAGAAGAAGGAGGCGGCGAUACUGGGGAAAACAUACUGAAGAAGACCGUGAAAAGUAGAGUCAAAGGCUCUCCUGUUUACAUAGCACCAGAAAUUGUGAGGGGCGGUGACUUCUCCAUCUCCAGCGACCUCUGGUCUUUGGGCUGUCUGCUUUAUGAAAUGUUUUCAGGAAAACCUCCAUUCUUUUCCGAAAGUGUUUCAGAAGUAAUUGGGAAAAUUUUAUAUGAGGAUCCUUUGCCACCUAUUCCAAAAGAUUCCUCACUUCCUAAAGCUUCUUCAGAUUUUAUUAAUUUGCUUGAUGGGUUACUUCAAAAAGAUCCUCAGAAAAGAUUAACUUGGACAGGCUUGCUGCAGCACUCAUUUUGGAAGGAUGCUUUUGCUAAAGGAGAUCAGGAAUCGAGCAUCGAGGACUUCAGCUUCAGUUCUGUAAGGUGGUUAUGUAGAUAUCUGCAAGUGACUGGAAGGAAUAAACUAAGAAAUGUGACGGAGUGUUCUGGGCCACAAAAUUCCAAGGAGCUUUUGCAGAACCCUCAGAGUGGACAAGGAAGAGGGCAGAAGAGUGAUCAGAGACUGAGUCAGUCCUUCAGGCUAGAAAAUCCAGCUGAGUUGCGGCCUAAGAGUACUCUUGGAGGUCAAUUGAAUGAAUCCAUGUUUCUCCUCAGCUCUCGACCUACUCCAAGAACUAGCACUGCAGUGGGGUUAAGUCCUGGUGAAGAUCUGACCCAAAAUUUACCACAGAAAUCUUCUCCUUUGACCAAGAUUACAGGUGAGCACCUGAGUCAGCAGGACUUGGAAUCCCAGAUGAGAGAGCUUAUCUACACGGAUUCAGAUCUUGUUAUCACCCCGAUUAUUGACAAUCCAAAGAUAAUGAAACAACCACCAAUUAAAUUUGACCCCAAAAUAUUGCAUCUACCAGCACAUUCAGUGGACAAGUUGUUAUUUCUGAAAGACCAAGAUUGGAAUGAUUUUUUGCAACAAGUGUGCUCACAGAUUGAUUCCACUGAGAAGACGACGGGAGCCUCCCGGGCCAAGCUGAAUCUCCUUUGCUAUCUCUGCGUGGUAGCUGGUCACAAGGAGAUAGCCACCAGGCUCCUCCACUCCCCCUUGUUUCAGUUGCUAAUUCAGCAUUUACGAAUAGCUCCGAACUGGGAUAUACGGGCCAAGGUUGCUCGGGUGAUUGGUUUACUGGCUUCGCACACCACGGAGCUCCAGGAAAACGCCCCUGUUACUGAGGCGAUUGUUCUCCUAACUGAAUUAAUUAGGGAAAACUUCAGGAACAGCAAAUUAAAACAGUGUCUUUUACCAACCCUUGGGGAGCUGAUCUAUCUUGUAGCCACCCAGGAAGAAAAAAAAAAGAACCCUAGAGAAUUCUGGGCUGUUCCCUUGGCUGCAUACACAGUGCUAAUGAGGUGCCUUCGGGAAGGGGAAGAACGGGUCGUGAAUCACAUGGCAGCGAAGAUUAUUGAAAACGUCUGCACUACUUUUUCUGCUCAGGCCCAGGGCUUUAUUACUGGAGAAAUUGGACCUGUUUUAUGGUACCUAUUCAGACAUUCCACCGUUGAUUCCCUUAGGAUAACAGCAAUAUCGGCCUUGUGCAGGAUCACCCGUCAUUCUCCGACUGCCUUCCAGAAUGUUAUUGAGAAGGUGGGCCUGAACUCCGUCAUAACCUCCCUGGCCUCGGCCAUCUGCAGAGUACAGCAGUACAUGUUGACCUUGUUCACUGCCAUGUUGUCCUGUGGGAUCCAUCUUCAAAGGCUCAUCCAAGAAAAGGAUUUUGUCUCCACAAUUAUCCGUUUACUUGACAGCCCUUCAACUUCCACUAGAGCAAAAGCCUUCCUGGUUCUUCUGUAUGUUUUGAUUCAUAACCGCGAGAUGCUGCUGCUCUGCUGCCAAGCAAGACUGGUGAUGUACAUCGAGAGAGACAGCAGAAAGACCACUCCAGGCAAGGAGCGGCAAAGUGGCAAUGAAUACCUGUCCAGAUGCCUGGAUCUUCUCAUCCGUCACAUCGUGCAGGAACUGCCACGAAUCCUGGGUGACAUUCUUAACGCCUUGGCUAAUGUUUCUGGUCGGAAACAUCCAUCCACCGUUCAAGUGAAACAGCUGAAGAUGUGUCUCCCCAUGACGCCCGUAUUGCUUCACCUGGUAACUUCACAGGUAUUUCGACCUCAAGUUGUUACCGAAGAGUUUCUUUUCAGUUAUGGAACUAUCCUCGGUCAUAUUAAAUCGGUAGACUCAGGAGAAACUAACAUAGAUGGAGCCAUAGGCUCGGCAGCGUCGGAGGAAUUUAUCAAGAUUACGUUGUCGGCCUUUGAGGCAAUAAUACAGUAUCCUGUUUUACUGAAAGACUACCGCUCUACGGUUGUUGAGUAUAUCCUGCCACCUUUGGUUUCCUUGGUUCAAAGCCAAAAUGUGGAGUGGAGACUCUUCAGCUUACGGCUGCUCUCAGAGACCACAUCCCUACUUGUGAACCAGGAGGUUGAGGUGGAGACGAACGUUGAUUCCGACAGCAAUCUUCUGGCUCUCAUUAGAGAUGUCUUACUUCCUGAGUAUGAGCACAUCCUCACAGAGCCUGACCCGGUACCAGCAUAUGCUCUGAAGCUGCUGGUUGCAAUGACUGAACAUAACCCACGUUUUACCAGACUUGUGGAAGAAAGCAAACUGAUUCCGCUUAUAUUUGAAGUGAUUCUGGAACAUCAGGAGAACGUUGUGGGUAACACCAUGCAAAGUGUGAUUGCAUUACUCAACAAUCUGGUUGCCUGUAAAGAUUCGAAUAUGAAGCUACUUUAUGAACAAGGACUCGUCAGUCACAUCUGUAACUUGUUCACUGAGACUGCCACAUUGUGUUUGGAUCCACAUAAUAAAAACAACAACGAGAUGGCAGCUGCUCUGCUGUUUUCCCUGCUUGAUAUUUUGCACAGCAUGCUGACCUAUACGUCCAGUAUCGUACGGCUGGCUUUGCAGGCCCAGAAGUCUGGCUCAGGAGGGGACACUCAGGCUGCGGAAGACCUGCUGCUGCUCAGCAAACCUCUGACAGACCUCAUUAGCCUACUCAUUCCACUGCUGCCUAAUGAAGAUCCAGAAAUCUUUGAGGUUUCAUCUAAGUGUCUGUCUAUACUGGUUCAGCUUUACGGAGGGGAAAACCCUGACAGCCUGUCUCCUGAAAACAUGGACACUUUUGCUGAUUUGCUGGCAACUAAGCAGGACCCAAAGGAACAGAAGCUUCUGUUGAGGAUUAUCAGAAGAUUGGUCACCUCCAACGGGAAGCACCUAGACAGCCUCAAGAAUGCAGAGGGCCUCCUGCGGGCUAUGGAGGGGCUGGCCCCAGGCAGUGGGUCACCUGCCGACAAUGCGGUGGCCUCCCUAGCCCUGGAGAUCCUCCAAGCCGUGGGGCGCUAGGCAAGAAGGUGCUCUGCUCACGCCCACGCCGUGGCAUCCGCUCUGGCUGCAAGGGCAAGGUCAGCCUCACACACGUUCUCGUCACCCCGGCUGUGCUGGACCUAAUAAAGUCAGCUGAACCCAGGCCCUGCGGCUGCUGUGCUCU